GCCGGGUCGGGCCGGAGCGCGGGCAGCGGCGGCGACGGAGGCAGCUGCGCCCGCGCCCCCCGCCCUCCCAGGCCCCGCGCCCCGCGCCCGGGCCGCCGGCGAUGGUGACACAUGCGGCGGCGGCGCGCCGGGGGCAGGACCAUGGUUGAGCGCGCCAGCAAGUUCGUGCUGGUGGUGGCGGGCUCAGCGUGCUUCAUGCUCAUCCUAUACCAGUACGCGGGCCCGGGGCUGAGCCUGGGCGCGCCCGGCGGCCGCGCGCCGCCCGACGACCUGGACCUCUUCCCCACGCCCGACCCGCACUACGAGAAGAAGUACUACUUCCCUGUGCGCGAGCUGGAGCGCUCCCUGCGGUUCGACAUGAAGGGCGACGAUGUGAUCGUUUUCCUGCACAUCCAGAAGACCGGUGGCACCACCUUCGGCCGCCACCUCGUGCAGAACGUGCGCCUCGAGGUGCCCUGCGACUGCCGGCCCGGCCAGAAGAAGUGCACCUGCUACCGGCCCAACCGCCGCGAGACCUGGCUCUUCUCCCGCUUCUCUACGGGCUGGAGCUGCGGGCUGCACGCCGACUGGACCGAGCUCACCAACUGCGUGCCCGGCGUGCUGGACCGUCGCGACCCCGCCGCGUUGCGCACGCCCAGGAAGUUCUACUACAUCACCCUGCUGCGAGACCCCGUGUCCCGCUACCUGAGCGAGUGGCGGCACGUGCAGCGGGGGGCCACGUGGAAGACGUCGCUGCACAUGUGUGACGGGCGCACGCCCACGCCCGAGGAGCUGCCGCCCUGCUAUGAGGGCACGGACUGGUCGGGCUGCACACUGCAGGAGUUCAUGGACUGCCCCUACAACCUGGCCAACAACCGCCAGGUGCGCAUGCUGGCCGACCUGAGCCUGGUGGGCUGCUACAACCUGUCCUUCAUCCCCGAGGGCAAGCGGGCCCAGCUGCUGCUGGAGAGCGCCAAGAAGAACCUGCGGGGCAUGGCCUUCUUCGGCCUGACGGAGUUCCAGCGCAAGACGCAGUACCUGUUCGAGCGGACGUUCAACCUCAAGUUCAUCCGGCCCUUCAUGCAGUACAACAGCACGCGGGCGGGCGGCGUGGAGGUGGACGAGGACACCAUCCGGCGCAUUGAGGAGCUCAACGACCUGGACAUGCAGCUCUACGACUAUGCCAAGGACCUCUUCCAGCAGCGCUACCAGUACAAGCGGCAGCUGGAGCGCAGGGAGCAGCGCCUCAAGAGCCGGGAGGAGCGCCUGCUGCACCGGGCCAAGGAGGCGCUGCCGCGGGAGGAUGCCGAGGAGCCGGGCCGAGUGCCCACGGAGGACUACAUGAGCCACAUCAUCGAGAAGUGGUAGUGGUGGCCGGC